AUGUCUCGGUGUUUCCCGUUCCCGCCUCCUGGUUAUGUACUUAACGGAAUCCGCGAUGUGGCUAUGAUCGAAUCGAUCAAGGGGGUAGAGGAUGAGAAAGCUAAGAAAGAACAAAGGAGGAAGGAGAGAAAAAGAGAGAAGAAGGAGAAGAAAGAGAAGAAGGAGAAAAAGAGGAAGGAGAGGGAAAUAAAGGAAGGUGAUAACGAAAAACACAGUCAUAAGAGACGGCGGAAAGAAGAAGGUGCGAAAGUUGAUGGUCAGAUUCAGAAAGUUGAUGUUUUUCGCAAGCUAAAAGAAAGCGAAAUCGAUUGUUUGGAGAAGAGUAGUCUUACUGUGGAACGUGAGCUGCUUCAGUCGACGUCCCAAAACUCUUGUGAUAGCACUCUUAAUAGCAAUGGCAGUGAGAUACCGAAGCAGAAGCAGCCGCUACCGCUCGAUGGUAGACAUAACAACGACUCUGAAAGCAUCAUUCGGAUCCGAUUGCCUAUACGAAGGCAGAAAGAUCCCGAGGUGAUGACGGUGACUAACAAGGAUCAACAAAAACCGUGUCCUCCCCGGGAAAUAAAGUUAGAUCCCUCUCAGCUUGCUACUACUAGAGAGCAGCCGGUUAAUCAACAUCCUUGUUCCACAUCCGCACCAAAACUUCCGUCAAAGCCACGUGAAGAUAAAAGGAAAGAUCAUACUUUAACAAAGAAAUCGAGUAAAGAGAAGAUAUCAUCAUCCACUGCUCAAGAAACUUCCCAACCUUCAAGCCUAUGCAGGAUUUGCCCUCCAUCAAUGGCAGUGCAAUUCUUGAAUGUAGUUGAGAAUUGGGUCCCUAACACAGUCGAGAGAAGAGUAGAGCUCACUAACUCUGAAGAUGAAGAAUGUUGGUGGCUCAUGAAGAAACCAAGUAGCCACAAGUUUGGCACAGAAAGUUGCAAACAAGUUAACAUAAACAAUGAGUCCAAGCAAGUACUAAGCAGUUCAAUGGCGUGGCCAUGUGCUCGCCUUUUACCAGAAGCUGAUGUCCUCGCUUUACCUUACACAGUCCCGUUUUGA